AUGCCUGUGCUAGUAUCUCAUUCUGUUUCCGCUGUUUUGGAACAAAAAGGGAACCGUUGGGUCUCUCCUUCUCGAUUUUUAAAGUAUCAAGCUAUCUUAGUGGAACAGGAUGAUGUCAAUAUAGUAAUAACUAACAUUGUGAACCCAACAGCUUUUCUCAGCGGAGAUACCUCAGAGCUUGUGACACACGACUGUCUGGAGACGAUGGAAACCGUCUACUCCAGCCGACCAGAUCUGAAGGAGGAACCUCUUGAAGAUGCUGAGGAAUCGUGGUUCAUGGAUGGAAGCAGUUUUGUAAAACAAGGAAACCGUAAAGCUGGGUAUGCUGUGACUACCACCCAUGAGGUGAUUGAAGCCGAAUCGUUACCUGCAGGAACAUCAGCACAAAAGGCGGAGAUAAUAGCUCUAACCAGAGCCUUAGAAUUGGCCAGAGGGAAGAGGAUCAACAUAUGGAUUGAUUCCAAAUAUGCCUUUGGGGUGUUACAUGCCCAUGGCGUAAUUUGGAAAAAACGAGGACUGCUUACAGCACAAGGAAAACAAAUAAAACAUGCUGAAGAAAUUUUACAACUUUUAGAAGCUGUAAAAUUGCCGGAGAAAGUGACUGUAAUGCAUUGUAGAGGACAUCAAAAAGGUAACACUGAACAGGAAAUUGGAAAUAAAUUGGCAGACCAUGAAGCCAAACAGGCUGCAGAACAAGCUGAAGCUAGAACACUGACUUUGAUUCCAGAUGGUAAACUUCAAACUCUAAAUUUAGAAUCAGAAUCUGUGAACUAUUCUGAAGAAGAUAGGGAUUUGAUUAACAGUUUAGGAGAAAAAGAACAAACAGAUGCGUGGGUAUAUAGGCCUGAUGGACGUAUUAUAAUACCCUUUAGUAUUUUAUGGAAACUAACUACAGAGGAACAUAAUAAAACUCACUGGGGAGCUGAUGCUCUAUACAAAUAUUUGAAUGAAAGGUUGAUAGGUUGUAACCUAUACAUGACAGUUAAAGUCACCCAGCACUGUGAACUUUGCUUAAGGAAUAAUCCUAACAGAACAAAUAGAACAAGAAUUGAGAAAAUUGGAAAAGGUAACAUCCCAGGACAAGAAUGGCAAGUGGACUUCUCUGAACUCCCAAGAAAAGGGGGGUAUUGGUAUUUGUUAGUACUAACAGAUACUUUUGCAGGUUGGCCAAAAGCUUUCCCCUGCAGAACAAACAAAGCAAGAGAACUUACAUGAGUGUUGUUAAACAACAUAACACCUUGAUUUGGAAUACCAGCGGUAAUAUCGUUGGAUAGAGGUACUCAUUUUUGUGCACAAGUAGUGCAACAGGUCAGUAAAAUGCUAAAAAUUAAUUGGCAAUUACACACUCCUCAUCAACCACAGGCAAGUUGACAAGUUGAAAAGAUGAAUCAUCUGAUAAAACAACAAUUGGCUAAAAUCUGUCAGGAAGCCAACUUAUAUUGGUACGAAGCACUUCCUCUUGCUUUGCUUAGAAUAAGAGUUAAACCAAGACCUAAGGAAAAUUUAAGUCUGU